GUCCUUCGGGGGAUUUGCCGAGCCCAGGCGGCCAAGGCAUUGGUCGCGCAGCAGCCGAGAGAGGCGCUCAGUUUCUGCCGCAUCCCCUCCCACAGCACUUUGGCCGACACCCACGGGCGCCCCGCCCCCCUCGGGCUUAUAGGACCGGCCGGGCACCUCCACACGCCUGGGAGCCUGACGCAUCCCGCAGCCGACUGCGCGGCUGCCUGUGUCUCCGGAAAGCCCCGCCGCCGCCGCCGAAGUGGCGAAGUGAGGCGGCGGCUGAGCCCCGCAUCAUGGAGGGCAGCUCCGCCGCGGCCCCGGCCCCAGCCCCAGUCUCCACCGACAACCGCCGCCUCCCGCGUUCGGUCUGCCGGCUCUCGUCGCUGCUCUCAGGGCUCCGUUCCUUCCUCACCUCGAAGACAGUAUGAAGGAGACGCGGGGCCAUGAGAGUUCCCCUUCCUGCACGCGCCUCAACCACUCCUACCCCAGCAUCUGGGCGCCGGAGCGCUCCGCUGAGGCGCGGAGCAACCUAACGCGUCCCGUGGGGCCCGGCGAGGAUUUCGGCUCGAUGUCUGUAGCCUUCCCGAUGACCAUGCUGAUCACUGGCUUCGUGGGCAACGCGUUGGCCAUGCUGCUCGUGUCUCAGAGUUACCGGCGCCGGGAGAGCAAGCGCAAGAAGUCGUUCCUGCUAUGCAUCGGCUGGCUGGCGCUCACCGACCUGGUCGGGCAGCUGCUCACCAGCCCGGUGGUCAUCGUCCUGUACCUGUCCCACCAGCGCUGGGAGCAGCUCGACCCGUCUGGGAGGCUGUGCACCUUCUUCGGACUCAUCAUGACCGUCUUUGGGCUCUCUUCGCUCUUCAUCGCCAGCGCCAUGGCCGUCGAGCGGGCGCUGGCCACCCGGGCGCCGCACUGGUACUCGAGCCACAUGAAGACGAGCUCCACCCGCGCCGUGCUGCUCGGCGUGUGGCUGGCGGUGCUCGCCUUCGCCCUACUGCCGGUGCUGGGCGUGGGUCAGUACACCAUCCAGUGGCCCGGGACGUGGUGCUUCAUUAACACCGGGGCAGGGGGCAAUGGGACUAGCCCUUCGACCAACCGGGGCAACAUUUUCUUCGCUUCCUCCUUUGCUUUCCUGGGGCUGUCAGCGCUGGCAGUCACCUUCGCCUGCAACUUGGCCACCAUUAAGGCCCUAGUGUCCCGCUGCCGGGCCAAGGCCACGGCGUCGCAAUCCAGCGCCCAGUGGGGCCGGAUCACGACCGAGACGGCUAUCCAGCUCAUGGGGAUCAUGUGCGUGCUGUCGGUCUGCUGGUCGCCGUUGCUGAUAAUGAUGUUGAAAAUGAUCUUCAAUCAUACAUCAGUUGAGCACUGCAAGUCGUACACAGAAAAGCAGAAAGAGUACAGCUUCUUCUUAACAGCUGUUCGCCUGGCUUCACUGAACCAGAUCUUGGAUCCCUGGGUUUAUCUGCUGCUAAGAAAGAUCCUUCUUCAAAAGUUUUGCCAGAUCAGGCACCACACAAACAACUAUGCAUCCAGCUCCACCUCUUUACCCCACCAGUGCUCCUCAACCUUGAUGUGGAGUGACAACUUGGAAAGCUGAGAAAAAGAAGUCUCAAAGAGCAAGUAAGGUACAGAGACUGGAUUAAAACCAGGUCCAUUUCAAUCCAAACCUCCUCAUUUUCUGCCAACUGAACUGUCUGUCAUGCUUCUCUAAUUUGGAAAUUUGUAUUUUCCUUCAUGUCAAGAAUGUGAGGAAACCUAUAGCAGUCAAAGAGAUGAGGUUAUGUAGCAGCAGCAACAACAACAAUACACCUCUAAAUCUUAGUGUCUUAAAACAGCAAAGUUCUUUUGCCCUCAUACAACAUGUCUGUUGAGGGUUAGUUGGGGAAACUCUCUGCAGGUCAUCCUCAUCAGGGAUUCGGGCUAACAAAGGCUCUGAACAUCACUAGACCCUGCAGUGAGGGAGGGGAGAACUGUAUAGCAGCUCCUAACUACUUCCAGAGCAAGGACUACAUCAUGCCAACCCAAGAGGAUGAGGAAGUACAAGCCUAUCAUGCACAGAGAAAAAGAAGAAAUGGAAGUACUGGUGAGCAGAAUCUCAACAGUAAAGAUAGAAUAAUAAUAAAAAACAAAACUGCAGAAGCACUGAGCUUAUGAGAGCAAGGUCCUUUCCAGCUUAGCUUUUGAACCCAAACCUGCUUAUUUCAAGCCUUAUUCACGUGUUGAUUUACUUGGCGACGUGAGAGAUUAUCAGCAACCAGUCAUUUUAAAUAUGGACAGAGACAGGCCUAUUUUUAGCAAAGCUGAAAAAACAGUUUGGUCACUCAAAUUACCCAAUUAAGACUUAUGGUAAGAACAGCAUAUGGUUCAGAAUUGCUACAGAUUGCUGCUUUAGUCAAUAGAAAAUUUUCCACAUGUAUGGGGAUAACUCAGCACAUCCUUGGAAGAAAUGCAAGAGUAUUUUCACAUUUUGUACAGAAAAUAUAUAUUGGAGUGCUCAUAAAAUGUGGUGCCCCUUUCAGAUGAAAUGAAGUUUUGGAUUUGCAAACUGAAAAUCUGUAA